AUGGUGAUAUUCUUUUUAUCCUUAUUGUUCUUCCUCAUCCUUUUUUUUCUUACUGUCAGUAUUUCCCUGAAAUUUUAUAAAGAACUUCAGGAACAUGGUGCAGAUGCAUUAAUCAAGCGAGAGUAUGGCGACUAUCUUACAGAUCCUGAAGAAGGUUACAAUAUCUCUUUAGUAUAUGAUCUUGAGAACAUUCCAAAAGACUAUAUAGAAAUUGUGAAGAAAGCUGCUCUUUUGAAAAGGAAUUGCUUUGCCUCAGUCUUCGAGAAAUACUUCCAGUUUCAGGCAAAUGGUGAGGCUGGGCACAAGCGAGCUGUCAUCCAUUACAGAGAUGAAGAGACUAUGUAUGUUGAUGCGCAAAAAGACAGAGUAACGGUGAUCUUCAGCACAGUUUUCAAAGACGACUCUGAUGUUGUUAUUGGAAAAGUUUUUAUGCAGGAAUUCAAAGAGGGACGACGUAAGUACCAACAAGCGCCUCAGGUGUUGUUCAGCCACAAAGAACCUCCACAAGAGUUGCAGAACACAGACGCUUCUGUAGGAGACAAUAUUGGCUACAUUACAUUUGUUUUGUUUCCUCGACACACAAAUGAACAAAAUAGAAUAAUACCAUCAACUUGA